AAGCCUAGUUAUUAAGGACUACUUUCAAACGGGAAAUAGAACUAAAUUUUACCAAAAUCAAAUGUUUUUGGAUACUCAAAAAAGGCCGCCUCGAACCCUGCGCUAUGUGGAAAAAGCAUUCAAAGAGGUCAAAUCAAGGAAAAAUGUCCGAGAUGUAGUGAUUCUUAACGACAGGGGUAACCCGGUAAAGAGUACGAUGGAUCAAGACGAUGCCGUGCAACUCGCCGGACUUUUCCAGGCCAUUCGAGGACGACUGGAGCGUGGGAUGAGCAAAAUAGAUCCCACAGAUGAAUUGCUGAUGCUGAGAGUGCGCACAAAAACGAAUGAAGUUAUUCUGGUUCCCGACUCCAAAAUAACAGUUCUUGUUGUGCAGAAUGCCCAUGACAACUUUGAAAAAUAAAGUAAUCCAAUGUAGUGUAC